AUGGCUACUGCAAUCCCAGCUAAGAAAUUUGGGAAAUGUCAGUGUAAGACACACCAUACUAAGAGCAUCCUGUACCAGAUCCUUAACAAAGAGCGUGGAAGUGAGACCAAGUGGCACCAGCAGCAUCACAGUCCCCAUGGCUCUACAGGGAGCAAGGGCUGCUCUUGUUUGGACAGAAGAGUUGUCCUGAAAACACCAGAAGCCACGUGCAGAAGAGCUUCUGAAGUGCUCUUGAAGACUACAAAUUUUAUUAGAAACUUGCCAUCUUUUUAUCACAUGCCUUGGGAGGAUCAGCUUGUCCUCAUACAGCAGAACUGGGCCCCCCUUUUUGUCCUCGGCAUGGCACAAGAAGGGGUGGAUUUUGACCUGAGAGAGAUUCCAGCCCCUAGUUUAUUGAAAAAAAUCCUCCUCAAUCAGUCUUUGACAGCUAGCAAUGAACUGGGCAGCUCAUCACUGCGAGCAUCUUUAGCAGAAGUUCAGCAGAUAAAGAAUUUAUUGCGGAAAUUUUGGAACCUGGACAUAAGUGCAAAAGAAUACGCCUAUCUUAAAGGAAUUAUUCUUUUUAAUUCUGGGAAGCAUUUACUAGGUGGCUUUGGAGUGGUCACAGUGUCUAUGGGUGAAGGCUCCAGCUGCAAGGCAUUCUCUGUUAGGACCAGAGUAGAAGUCAAAGGAGCAGGCUGCUGUGUCCUAAAAUGCCUCCCCUAUGUACAAACACUGCAGCAGGAAGCUUGGCAAGCCUUGAUAGAGUUUAUCUCAAUGAUGUUCCAUGGAAACCUAGGAAGAUUUGCUCAGAUUCUUCACCUAAUCACCUCCCUUCGAGACAUUGAUGCUGAUGCUAUUGAAGAGCUCUUCUUCAGGCCCAUUCUAGGAGAGGCCACCCUAAAUGUAUUACUUCUAGAAAUCUUAUAUAUCAAGCCAGACUGGCUUUGA